AUGUAUAAAUUCUUACAAUCAAGGUUUUUAACAAAUUCUGUUUUGAAACAGAGGCCCAUACUACUACCAUCAAUACGGAUUGCUCGACAAUUCAAUUCUUCUCCACCAAUUUCAAAAUUAUUUGGAAAGAGCAAACAUAGUAAUGAUCCCAUUAAAAAAAAUCAAAUAAAAUUAAAUAACCAACCAAUUAGCGCUUCAACAGAGGACAAUACCAAUUCUGCGGUAAUUGAUAAUACUGCCCCGACGAAAGGAGUAACAGAACAUGAUUUUAAAACUCAUCCAAUAUUGAAAAGAGUUCCCAAAUUUCUUCGAAAUUAUGCGUCAAAAUUUGUAAAUGCCCCAUUUUCAAGUUUAGUAGCAUUUAUUAUAUUACAUGAAAUAACUGCAAUUGUUCCAUUAAUUGGUAUAUGGUAUUAUAUACAUCAACAUCCUGGAUUUAUACCAUUAGAUUUACCACAAUGGGCAAUAAGUAAAGGUGCAAAAGUAAUGGAUUCAAUGAUGGGUAAAUUUGAUUGGAAUUUAAAUACUGCUGAUAAAUUCUCAGUUAUAGUUGAAGGAGCUUAUGCUUUUACUAUUGUUAAAUUCUUAUUACCUAUAAGAGUUGUUAUAAGUUUAUAUUUUAUGCCUUGGUUUGCAAGAUGGUUUAUAUUACCGAUAACUAAUAUUUUUAGUAAUAUGAAGGAAAUUAGGAAAGCCAAAAAAGAGCAAGGGAAAAUUACAAGUGGUAAAGAUCAAAAUGUUGAGUUGAAAAAAGUAGAAAAACCAAGGUUAUAA